GUUUCACAGCGGCGUAAACACACACGUAGUGCAUGUGAAAGCAUAUAUUUCGCAAAUUUCUUGAAUUAAAAUUAAAAUAUUUCUUAUAAAACUACACAAAAAUGGUAACACAGGAAUUUCAAGCAGUUGUCUUGGCUGCAGGAAGAGGUACACGUUUGCCUGAAGUACUUGGACAAACACCAAAAUGUUUGCUGCCAAUCGGACCGUACCCUUUAAUAUGGUAUCCUUUAAAUCUAUUGCAGCAGCACAAUUUCCAAGAGACUAUUAUUGUGGUUUUGGAAAGUGAGCGCUCCGAGAUUCAACUAGCCUUGGAACGUUUAUCUUUAAAAAUGAAGAUAGACCUUGUUAGCAUACCCACAGACAGUGAUUUCGGUACUGCUGACAGUUUGCGCUAUAUACGCGAUAAAAUCUUUUCAGACUUUUUGGUUUUGAGUUGUGACAUUGUUUCCAAUGUAUCGUUAUAUCCCUUGAUUAAUAAAUUCCGUCAACAUGACGCCUCUUUGACGGCUCUUUUAUUUAAAAGUGGUUUUGAGUCUGAUGUUACAUUGCCCGGACCAAAAAGUAAACAUAAACCCGAAAGAGAUUUAAUUGGCAUACACCCCGAAACAAGGCGUUUAUUGUUUUUGGCUUCAGCCAGUGAUUUUGAGGAAGUGAUGAAUGUUAAUGCUCAUCUUUUGCGCAAGAAUGGUAAAAUGACUAUAUUCUCCAGAUUAACUGAUUCACAUAUCUAUGUGGUCAAGAAAUGGGUGCUGGAUUAUUUGGAAAAGAAAGAACAUUUUUCCACAUUAAAAGGAGAAUUUUUGCCUUACUUAGUCAAAAAACAAAUGGCCAAAGCUGCCGGAAGUGGCAGUAACGCCAAUCAUGUUUCGGAUACACAGUCAGAAUUGGGUACUAGUAUCAAACAAGAGGAGAAUAUUUUCGGUUUCAUUCCCAAUUCAACUUUAGAUCAACAAAUUUUAAAGAUCACUCUUUACAACGAUAACAAAACGAAACCUUUAUAUCAUGGAGAUUUACUGAGAUGUUAUGCCUUGGAAGCUCCCAAGGAAACAAUUGGCGUAAGAGUUAAUACAACUCUAUCAUUUUUUGCAGUAAAUCAAAAGCUCUCUACUAUUUGGCCUUUGCUGUGUGGUGGUCAGGAAAUACCUUUAAUAUCGCCAAACGCUUUAGUUAACUCUACUCAAACUAAAGAAAUAGCUGUGGCAGAUAAUGCGAAGUUGUCGGAGAAAACUUCAUUGAAUUUCAGUGUCUUUGGACCGAACAGUUUUAUUAAUCCUAAAAAUAUUGUUAAUAAAUCUUUAAUAAUGGCUCAUGCUGUUGUUGAGGAAGGUUGCAAUAUAGAAAAUUGUAUUAUUGGACCAAACGCUGUGGUAAAAAAAGGUACAAAAUUGAAAAAUUGUUUGGUGGGUGCCAAUUUUGUAGUCGAAGAAGGUUCACUUUUGGAAGCAAAACACUUAACGCAUGCUGAUGGUUAUAUGGAAAUUGAUAUACAAUAAAAUUGUAAAUACAAGGAAGGAGUUUUUGAAAAUAUAUCGAUGAACUAUUUUGUAAAAAAUCAAUUAAAUAUUCAUUAAAAAAAUGUAUAUAAAGUUA